UUGAGGAGGUACUCACUGAAAUUGAAAAAUUCGAAAUUUUCAAAAAAGUAUCAGGGGAUAUAUCGAUACAAGAUACCGAACUGGAAAUAUCGAUAUUUAUAAUAUCGAAUUCUCGUGGAUUAACCGGCGAAAGACUAAUCGAUUCGACAUUACGAUUUAUCGUUCUUGUUGUUCACAUUCAUCAGCUGUUUAAUGUUCAAAGAUUCUAUAUGUCCACGUAUUUUUCGUGAACAAUUACAUGAAAUAAAAAAAGCUUGAGUUCACACGAUCACCGAUUUUUCAAUCCUCGUAAUUUCCAAAACUCUCAAACAUAACCGAUUUUAUCUGUCAUAAGCACUGAGAGUUCAGCUUAUUCUUCAGUCAGGAAAAAUUCAGUGAAAUCAAUCGACAAUGAAGAGAUACAAAAGGAAAGAUUCCUCAGAGGAUGACAGCAGUGAUAGCGAGGAGGAGCGCCGAAAACGCGAUAUCCAAGAACGAGACGAAUUUGCAAAUCGUUUGAAGGCGAGAGAUGAAUCGAAAGUUCAGAAGGUAGCGAUGCCAGCGGGUUCUGGUGCAGCGGAGGCAGCAAAAAGGCUAAAAAUCAUGGAAGCUGACUCGAGGGAAAAACUUCUACCAAAACUCCGAGUGGAGUCACGACGACAAUACUUGGAGAAACGAAAAGAAGAUAAAGUGGCUGAACUCGAAGCUGAUAUAUUGGACGACGAGUACUUAUUCCAUGAAGAAGUCUUGACAGAACGUGAGAGAAAUGAGAGAGCACACAAAAAGCAACUUCUUCAACUGGCAGUUGAGCACGAGAAAGCCAGAGAGCUGGAGAGGAUCCAGAGGUAUCACAUGCCCUUGGAAAAGGGAAAGGGAGAGGUAGAAUCAGAACCCUUAGAUCCUGAGCCACCGCAAUCAGAGCAGAGCAAGUGGGAAUCCCACCAGAUGACGGCAGCUCAGUUUAAAUUCGGGGUGAAGAACAAACAAGGGCGACAGGACUACGAACUUUUACUAGACGAUGAAGUGGAAUUCAUUCAAGCACUCCAGAUGCCUGGAAGUGUGGAACAUCAUCGAGAGACUCCACGAGUCAUGGAGAAACCCAAAGUACUGACUACGAUUGAAGAGACACAAAAAAGUUUGCCAAUUUAUGCAUUCAAAAAGGAAUUAAUUCAAGCCAUCAGGGAUCAUCAGGUUUUAAUAAUCGAGGGAGAAACAGGCUCUGGAAAAACUACCCAAAUACCUCAGUACCUCUAUGAGUCUGGAUUUACCAAAGAUGAUAAGAUUAUUGGUUGCUCACAACCGAGACGAGUUGCAGCAAUGUCCGUGGCUGCCAGAGUGGCUCAUGAAAUGGCUGUGAAGCUCGGCAACGAGGUGGGCUAUGCCAUCAGGUUCGAAGACUGCACGUCCCAUCGAACAAAAAUAAAAUAUAUGACCGAUGGUACAUUGCACAGGGAAUUCCUCAGCGAACCAGAUCUUGCAUCCUACAGUGUUAUGAUUAUCGACGAAGCCCACGAGCGAACCCUCCACACAGACAUCCUCUUCGGUCUUGUAAAAGAUAUCACACGUUUUCGCACAGAUUUAAAACUUUUAAUAUCAUCUGCUACUCUCGAUGCAAGCAAAUUCAGUGCAUUUUUCGAUGGCGCUCCAGUAUUCUCGAUUCCCGGUCGUCGUUUUCCAGUUGAUAUUUAUUAUACAAAAGCCCCAGAGGCUGAUUACAUCGACGCUUGUGUUGUCUCAGUGUUGCAAAUUCACGCGACCCAACCCUCGGGGGAUAUUCUCGUAUUUCUCACAGGACAGGAUGAGAUUGAGACGUGCCAGGAGAUGCUGCAGGAGAGAGUCAGACGACUUGGAUCAAAAUUGGGAGAGCUGAUGAUACUUCCAGUGUACGCAAAUUUGCCCAGUGAUAUGCAAGCAAAGAUAUUCUCACCGACGCCUCCUGGGGCCAGAAAAGUCGUUCUUGCUACAAACAUUGCUGAGACAUCUUUGACAAUUGAUAAUAUCGUUUACGUGAUUGAUCCUGGAUUUGCCAAGCAAAAUAACUUCAACUCUAGAACGGGAAUGGAGAGUCUCAUGGUGGUGCCCAUCAGCAAGGCGUCAGCCAAUCAGAGGGCGGGAAGGGCUGGGAGAGUUGCCCCUGGAAAAUGCUUCAGACUCUACACCGCCUGGGCCUAUCAGCACGAGCUUGAAGACAAUACUGUUCCUGAAAUUCAAAGGAUUAAUCUCGGAAAUGUGGUGUUGACUCUCAAAGCCCUGGGCAUCAAUGAUCUCGUGCACUUUGAUUUUCUAGACCCUCCGCCACACGAGACACUCGUUUUAGCUUUAGAGCAGCUCUAUGCACUCGGAGCACUGAAUCACAAGGGAGAACUCACGAAACUCGGCAGGAGGAUGGCGGAAUUUCCCCUGGAUCCGAUGAUGGCGAAGAUGCUGUUGGCCAGUGAGAAGUAUCGGUGUUCUGAGGAAAUUGCUACAAUCGCUGCAAUGCUGUCUGUAAAUGGAGCAAUUUUUUAUCGCCCUAAAGAUAAAAUCAUCCAUGCAGAUACAGCAAGGAAAAAUUUCCACGUGCCCGGUGGCGAUCAUCUGACUUUACUCAAUGUUUAUAAUCAAUGGCAGCUCAGCGAUUUUAGCACCCACUGGUGUUAUGAGAAUUUCAUUCAGCACAGAUCAAUGAAACGGGCGAGAGAUGUUCGUGAACAAUUGGUUGGCCUGAUGGCAAGAGUAGAAAUGGAACUCAUCUCUGGGAUUACGGAAACUGUAAAUAUUAGAAAAGCGAUAACUGCGGGAUAUUUUUAUCACGUAGCAAGAUUAUCGAAUGGAGGGCACUACAAGACAGCCAAACACAACCAAACAGUUUCCAUUCAUCCCAAUAGUUCACUCUUCCAGGAGCUACCGAGGUGGCUCCUGUACCAUGAGCUCGUUUUCACAACUAAAGAGUUUAUGAGAUCAGUUACAGAAAUCGAGAGCAAAUGGCUGUUGGAAGUCGCUCCUCACUAUUAUAAACCACGAGAAUUGGAGGAUUCCACCAACAAGAAAAUGCCGAAAGUUCAAGGACGCUCGAGACCUGAUGGAACUCAUUAAUUCGAUUGAUCAAUUGUAUUUUACGAAAUAUUGUAUAAUAAUUAUUUAUAUAGUUUUCUUAA